GUUUCUUUUGCCCAUCUCUCUUUUGAAUUAAAAGUGAUUUCUUUGGUGAUUUUCUCUUUACUCUGUGUGGUUUAUGAAUUCUCUAUAUAAUUGUCGGCAAAGUGUAGGAAAAAACAAUGAACUACAGUUUUUCAAUUUUCAGGAUUUUCAUUCUCAAUGGACGAUGAUACACUUUCAUUUGCUUAUUUGUACCUAACUCAUCCAAUAGAUUGAUACUGAUUCUUAUCCUUUUUUAUUUUUAUUUUUUUGUAAGAAACAAAACUAGAAAUUGGUCUGAAUUGGCUCCGAUUAUUUUCUAUGUUCGUGUUUUUCGGUCUCUCUCAAAUAGAUUGCAUGCUUAUAUCAAAGAAAUAUUGAACUGUAUAAUUUUUAUUUUUUAUAGAAACAGCCGAUAUCUAUGAGCUUACUUUGUGCGAACUUUGGUCUUUUGAAUUUGUUGUCCGUGGUUGGUUUUUUUUGAAAACCAGAGUUUGAAGAGUGGAAAGUGUUUCUGAGAAUGUUUUCUGAGUGCUUCUUCUCUUCUCUCCCUAUCUUGUUAGGGCUCGAGUCUUUGUAUACUUUCAUGUAUACAGUGGUUUUCUCCCGUUUUGCGCUUCUGAAUUAGCUUUUGACAAUGGCAUCCCAAGUUUUUUAUAAGUCGAAAGUGGUUUUGAAUGCUGAUAAAUGUGGGUUUCAAUGACAAAAAUGAAAAGUGGGGUCGCAAUGGAUGCAUGUAGAAAAGAUACAUUAUUUUCUUUAAACCUGUGCGUUCCUACUCUGGAAUAUGCUUAUCAUUCGUGGUGCAUGUUGAUAGGUCUUGUGUUUGCUUUGGCUCAGUCGAUAUGUCACCUCAUGCAAGUCGACAAGUCGAUAUAGUUCCAUUAUGCUGGUUAUUUCUGAAAAUAUAGGCCAGUUGGAAGUCAUUAUAGCUGAUGAAGACAACAUCUUAUCUGUUGGGCUACGUAGCGCCUACAUGGGCAAGUCUAGUUGCCGGCUCCUUUGUACUUGUCACUCUAGUCCUUUCAAUAUACCUUCUAUUCGAGCAUCUGUCUGCAUACAAGAAUCCUGAGGAGCAAAAAUUUUUGAUUGGAGUUAUCCUAAUGGUACCAUGUUAUGCAAUAGAAUCGCUUGUAUCGUUGGUGAACCCAUCGAUUAGCGUUGAUUGUGAGAUACUACGGGAUUGCUAUGAGUCCUUUGCUAUGUAUUGCUUUGGGAGAUACCUUGUUGCAUGCUUGGGUGGGGAAGAGAGGACAAUUGAGUUUAUGGAAAGAGAGGGACGUGCAAGUUCUAAGACGCCACUGUUAGAACACAGUUCUGAAAAAGGAACUGUAAAGCAUCCUUUUCCAAUGAACUAUUUCUUGAAGCCAUGGAGACUAGGCCAAUGGUUUUACCAAAUUAUCAAAAUCGGAAUUGUUCAGUAUAUGAUGAUAAAGUCUCUAAGUGCUAUCUUAGCUGUGAUCCUUGAAGCAUUCAGUGUAUAUUGUGAAGGAGAAUUCAAAUGGGGAUGUGGGUACCCUUAUAUUGCAGUGGUUCUAAAUUUCAGUCAGUCGUGGGCUUUGUACUGUCUUGUUCAAUUUUAUACCGCUACAAAGGAUGCAUUGGCGCACAUAAAGCCAUUGGCUAAGUUUCUGACAUUUAAAUCAAUUGUAUUCUUGACUUGGUGGCAAGCACAGAUGGGCAUUGCUUCCAUUGUUCACUUAUAUGUAUUUCCUGCAAAACCUUAUGCGCUAAUGGGAGACCAUUUCACUGGAAGUAUUUCAGUUCUUGGAGACUAUGCAUCUGCUGACUGUCCUUUGGAUCCUGAUGAGGUUAGGGACAGUGAGCGCCCCACUAAACUACACCUUCCACAGCCAGACAUUGAGGUCAGGAGUGGAAUGACUAUCAGAGAAAGUGUUCGGGAUGUUGUUCUUGGUGGUGGGGGACAUAUUGUGAAUGACCUGAAGUUCACAGUAACCCAAGCAGUGGAACCUGUGGAGAAGGGGAUCACAAAGUUUGGUGAGAAGCUACAUAAGAUCUCUCAAAACAUUAAGAGGCAUGACAAGGAUAGAAGAAGAACAAAAGAUGACAGUUGCAUUGCCACCUCAUCACCUGCACGGAAGGUUAUUCGGGGGAUAGAUGAUCCCUUAUUAUACGGGAGCAUUAGUGAUAGUGGGUUCUCAAGAGCAAAGAAGCACCGCCAAAAAUCAGGAUACACUAGUGCCGAAAGUGGGGGAGAGAGCAGCAGCGAUCAAAGCUAUGGUGGAUAUCAGAUCAGAGGUGGAAGAUGGGUUACCAAAGAUUAGUUAAGAGGAACAAUUGUACCAGCUUGUAAAAAGAAAAGAAAAGGAUGGCUUAGAUAUCAACCAUAAAUCUAUCAUUGUGUCAUUCAGUCAUCGAAGUGUGGCUCACAGCCUGGCUACUUGGUACAUAUACAUUGGGGCAUGAUGUUUUGCUUCGCAAGAUGCCGUGGAGAUCAGCAAUGUGGAUCUUUUUAAAUCAGAUGCCAUGUUUUUCAGGCUGGAAGAGUGAUUUGUACAUUUAUGAUGUACAAUGGGCUUUCAAUGUGUUGUAUGGAGGUUCUUCACUUGUUAGUUGGAUAUAGUUUUCAUAGGAUAGGGAUCUGGCCUCCUGAUAAGUGAUUUCGUAUCACGGGAGUGGUUAGACCAAAAUGCAGCUUCUUAUCUGUGUGUUAAUUAAAGAAGCAGAAAAAAAAAAGGUGACCAUUUCUACACCACGAGACCAAAACAAUGUUAUCCUUUGUAUCUUGAUUACCCGUUUCAAGUAAUGACAGGUCUCAAGUCUUGAUUACCCUGCCAUGCAGGAUCAUCAUCGGCAUUCAACUGGCCCAACCUGGACUCAAUUCGAUGAGCCAAAGAAGUUUAUUCCAAAAGGAAUGCGAACACAAAACCAAUGUACAUUUGUAGAUUUGAUUGGAUCAAAGGAUCAACUUGAGUUUUCAAUUA